UACUAGUGAAAUCUCUGCAUGAUCACAGAGGUCACAUGGUACAAGGCUAUUCACAACUGCCUUGUACCAUGUGACAAGCUCUGUGAUCAUUCACAGCUAGACACUAGUUUACAAUGGAUGGCAUGAAUGAAGCCAUCCAUUGUAUACAACUGUCAUGUGACCUGCUGUGAUUGGUCACAGCAGGUCACAUGGUACCGGCAACGGGGGACAGUACUCAGAUCUAUCAUCGGCCGUGUCCGAGGUAUACGGCCGGUGACAGAUCGCGAUGCUGCAUGGCUCUGCAAGCACGCGAACUGCGCAUGUGCGGGAGGACGCCAUAUGGAGGCCUCCCGGAAAGGUAAUGCAUUUUUGCGGAUGCCAUUUGGCCAUAGACCGGGCGUCAAAUGGUUA